AGAUUUCGAACCGGAAAUUUGAAUAAUCAAAACCGAACCGGAUAGAACCGAGUUGUAAACCUUUUCGAUAGAAACCGAAUCAAAUCAAAUCCCUAGCAGAAAACAAGAGUUGUACAACAAAUCUCGCACUUGCUUCGAUCGCUGGGUAGAACAAGGAGUCGCGAGAGAGACGAGACGAUGGAAGAACCAAUAAGAGAAGCUUCGCAACAAGUCUCUGAAGAAUUCAAAACUCUUGUUAAUGCACAUGAUCUCAACUCUCUCAGACACUUGCAGCACCUCAUAUUGGGGAGGCUACAGGAUAGCAAUGCAGUUCUCUCCCAUUACAACGACUUUGCUGAGAAUUGCUUCGCUGAUGUGUCCUUGGAGUUCUCUAGAAACACUCGUCUUUUGAAAUCCAUGAAAGCUGAUCUUGAUUACAUCUUCUUGAAACUAAGGAGCAUCAAAAGUAAGAUUAUGGCUACGUAUCCAGACGCAUUUCCUGAUGAGUCCACCAGUGAUGCUUUUGAUCGAAGACCCGAUCUCGAGCUGCCUCAGUAACUAAAGCAUUCACAGUACUCAGAUUGGGUAUGACGAAAGAAUCACCUUUUUCUCUUUGUUGCUUCUUGACAGAGAACUCCUCGUUUUUCAUUACCUUUAUCAUGUAAAGUACCCCGAUGCGUGUCCUGACUCCUUAGAUAUUAAGAACCUAACAGCAAAACUAAUUCAAAACUGGUCUUGUUAAGUGAAGUAUUAUUAUUUCCUCGCCAUUAUCUUUAUCUUGUAUUUCAAAAUCACCAGAUGAAUAAAGCCUCUGCUUCUACA